GAAAUCAGAAGCACCAACAUUUGGCUAAUUCAGUCUUAGAGAUCAUUCUAAUCAUAUUCGGUCAGCAAUCAACAACUCUUCUUCUGGGCAUUGAUAACCCUCAAAUUCUGUUUAAAUGAGAAUGUCCCUGGCGCAGAGAGUUCUGCUCACAUGGCUCUUUACACUACUCUUCUUAAUCAUGUUGGUGUUAAAACUGGAUGAGAAGGCUCCCUGGAACUGGUUUAUCAUUUUUAUUCCUGUAUGGAUAUUUGACACUAUACUUCUGGUCAUGUUAAUUGUAAAGAUGGCUGGAAGAUGUAAAUCUGGAUAUGAUCCAAGGAAUGGAGCUCAACAUUUAAAGAAAAAGUCAUGGUAUCUGACUGCUAUGCUCCUAAAAUUGGCAUUUUGCCUUGCCCUUUGUGCCAAGCUGGAACAGUCUGCUAAUAUAUACUUAUGUUUUGUUUUUAUACCAUUGUGGAUCCUUCUGCUUGGUGCAUUAAUAGAACUUGGAUACAACGUGUUUUACGUAAGAAGGGACUAAAUAGUUCAACCGUGCACAAAGUAAUUAUAUCUUGCUGUGUUCUGUUUUUGUCUCCGUAAGAUUUUGGCAAACCAAGACAUGGGUAAUCUCCAUAAUUGUACAGCAUUACUUAAGACCAGUGUACUUUUGCUGAGGCAUGCAUGUACUUAACUUCUUAUGUGCAUUAUUUAAAAAUAUCUUCGCAAUAUUUUUGACCCAUUGUGCUUUUGUGGCUUUGAGAGCAUCAGAAGCUACAAUUCACGGGAUGCGAGUGUCUGCCGGUAGCUCAGACAACAAUUGCAAUUUUAAACAGAACAAUGUAAUUAUACUGUAAGUUUGUAAAUAUUUCAAAUAAAACCUUGAAACUUUAUUUGUAUAUUUUUCUAGAUUAACACAUUCCUUCUAAAUUGCAAAACCAACACAGAGUAUAACUAAAAUAUUAAUUUGCUUAAGAAGGCAAUGUUUACUAUAGGUAAUAAUGUACCCCAUAUUGUAAAAUAUAAGUAUAAGCCACCAAGAAGUUUCAUGAUCACAUAAAGGCUCAUGGUUGAAGGCCUGGUUUUACACAGCAAUUCCAAGCAAUGUAGUGUGGAUUAGCACACCCACCUUCUAGGUCAGCAAAGAUAUGCCUGGUGCACGUGGGUGGAGGCUCAGCAACCCCCCAAAGCAGUAGUGUAGAAAGAACCUCACGGCACACAGGUCUGCAUGAAGUUUUCAGUGAUUUAUUGAAGCGGAGUGCACUUCGCUUCAAUAAAUCACUGAAAACUUCAUGCAGACCUGUGUGCCGUGAGGUUCUUUCUACACUACUGGUUUUACACAGGUCAUGUAACUGUCUAUUAUUCUUUGGUUUUACAACAGGGGAUGCAUGAUUUUGUUUAUGAUAUGAAAGGAAUACAAGUUUCAGUGAGCUAUAUGACACAAUGACAUUUACUAAGCACAGUUUAUAAUUUAUAGAGAAUUCAUGGAUCUUGUGUAUUUUAUAGCUAUAUCCAGUUUGUAUGUAAAUGUGUAUUACAAUUCCAUUUUCAAAAAUGUAAAUAAAAAGAGAAUGGGAUGAUUUGGAAAUCA